AUGGGAAAGAGAAAGUCGGCAAGGAAGCCUAUGAAGAGGACGAAGCAAACGCUGGACCAGAAGUUUGCGUGCUUAUAUUGCAGUCAUGAGGAUACCGUUACCGUUAAACUAGACCAAGCCAACAAAAUCGGCAAUCUCGCCUGCCGGGCCUGCGGCGUCUCCUACCAAUCCAAAAUCCACGCUCUAGCCGAGCCCGUCGACGUCUACUCCCAAUGGAUCGAUUCCGCCGAA